UCCCUCUCGUGGCCAACUGUCUUCGUUCCCUGCAGCGGCUCGAGUGGACGCUCUUUUGCUGUCACAUCUGGAAGUGCAUUCCUGAUCUUACCGGAAUCGCACGACAAAAUCCAUGUGCACUAAAAUGUAUGUAUGUGCAAGUGGCGUGCGCCGAACACUUCAGCAAUGAGCAUUUGUUCUCAUUUCUGCAGCAGUGUCCCAGAAUGAAGCGUUUGCACGUGCACACACUUAGCGGUACUCACGUCAAGUCUAUUCAGCAUUGGGCCAGACUCUCGAAUGAACGCCCCGCAGGUCUCCUCGAGUUCACGUACACGACGGAUGAAAGCGUUCAUCUAUACCGGGAGUUUAUGAACAUGCCUGCGGUUCAUGAGAGGUUGUUCACCCAUCUGGCCUUGUGCGGAAACGUGACUUACUACUGGCAGGGACCUCUGUGCUUCAGCACCAUCGUCGACUUGGACCAGCUCGUGUUGGGCCUCAUCCCACCACCACGAACAUCUCAGAUGGUUCUGACGGUGCACGCAAUGCAGACUGCCGCGGCUAAGCUUAGGAGGCUUGCCGAAGUGUACACAUUCAACCACAUCCGAGCUCUGACGCUCGUCUCAAUUCCGAAGGCCAUCGUAGAACGCACGCCUCCGGAACAUCUGCUGAUGUUCGUUCCUAAUGCGAUCGCCGAAUACCUGUGCUGUUUCUUCACAGCCUUCAGCGCGAUCACAGAGCUCAACUUGAACGAGUUCCAUUUCCCCAUUAAUCUUACGUUCCCUUCCGUCGCCGAACGUUCGGCACUGACGCACCUAAGAGCCCUGUCACUGGCACCGUGUGCACUGAAGCCCGCAAUGUUCUCUCUGGAGCACCUUGCCGUCAUCUGUCCCGUGCUCGAGGAACUGGACAUCCGUAGCAACUUCCCUGGCCCGUUUCAGUUGCCAUGCGCGUCCUGUUUCAGCUACCAGCCAUUCGAGAUCCGGAAAAUGGCGCCAGGGCUUCAUAGGCUCACGCUGUACAAUGUGCCGGGUUUUAAUUCGAUCUCUUUCCUCGAAGCUUGCUGCGUUACCGAGCUUCGCCUCUGUGGCCUCAACGUGCUGCUUGACCCUUAUUUAGGAGGUCUCGGAAGUGUCCUGAAGAAGAACACCAAGCUCAGUUCUUUGACCAUCGAGCACGAGCGACUACCGGUGGGGUGGAAAGCGUUUUGGCUAGAGCUGUCGGAGGCAAAAAGCCUGAUUUUUGUUUGCGUGCUGUCGAAUGCUCAAGAAUCCGUGGAAAGCGUGAAUAUCGACGUCCAAUGCUGCAUGAGCCGCCUGCCACUGAUCCGCGGAAUGCACGUGCACUUCAGGAACUAUAUCACCAACGCACCGGAGCGCUUAACCAUCCUUGCCAGAAGGACUGACCACGGUCUGGUGACCGAAUUAUCAGUGUUGGAGACACCCGCCUGCAUUCAGUGCUCCACGUCGACAUUUGUGGCGCUCGACAAGCCCCGGUUUUGCGGCUGGUCCAACUGCUGA